GAUCGAAGAUCCUGAGUGAAAUUUACCCAUAGUUCUAAAUACGAAAUUUGUUCUAUUUUUAAUUAUUUCCUUCUCAUUUAUUCGUCGGCAGCCAUUAGGUUUGAAAAGAUUCCGAAUUUUCAGUUGGCUUUCAGAAAUUUUCUGAAUAGCUAGUAAUUAAUUGGAUUCUAUUCUCCUCGAAAACCCCCCAGAUACAGUAUCUACAAACUAAAGCAAAUUCUCUUCGAACAAAUCUCAAUUCCCUGUGUGCAGUGUUGGUCAUUUUAGAAUGAUUUGAGAAGUAGAGCGGUGAGAAAUGUCAUCGGGCGGCGACUGUAGCGACGGCGACGUGUUAUUGCGAUUAAAUAUGUCGGCGCCGGAUGGCGAUUUGGAAGCCGGGGUUGCCCAACCCACACCAAAAAAUGCCAAUACUAGUAACAAUAAAGGGGCCGUCGCAUCGGAUCUUUUAAAGCGGUUGGAUCUCGGGUUAUCGGGUUCGGGUCGUCGUUUGAGCGUAAAGCUCCGUUCCGACCGGGAUCACCACCGCUUCUCUUCUUCCCCUUCCUCUCCUUUUCAUUCGGAUCAUGGUGUUAGUAGUAAUGCCGGCGGUGGCAGCAAUGAUUUUCUCGGGGACAGCGCGCCGCCAGAGUGGGCAUUGCUUCUCUUGGGGUGUCUUCUCGGCGUUGCUACCGGUCUUUGUGUUGCAGGUUUUAACCGUGGGGUGCAUGUAAUACAUGAAUGGGCAUGGGCUGGUACACCAAAUGAAGGUGCUGCCUGGCUUCGUUUACAGAGGUUAACUGAUACCUGGCAUCGGAUACUUUUGAUACCAGUCUUGGGCGGAGUUGUUGUUGGCGUUUUACAUGGCCUACUUGAAAUAUUGUAUCAAAUAAAGCAGUCUACUUCCUCGCAAGGAGAGGGCUUUGACGUACUUGCUGGAAUCUUCCCCACAGUAAAAGCUAUCCAGGCUGCUGUAACUUUGGGUACUGGUUGUUCUUUGGGUCCCGAAGGUCCUAGCGUUGAUAUUGGGAAAUCUUGUGCCCAUGGGUUCUCUGUGAUGAUGGAGAACAAUAGGGAAAGGAGAAUUGCUCUUGUUGCUGCUGGUGCAGCUGCUGGAAUCUCUUCAGGUUUUAACGCAGCAGUUGCUGGUUGUUUCUUUGCUAUCGAAACUGUUCUUAGACCUCUCCGUGCUGAAAACUCUCCUCCAUUUACAACAGCGAUGAUAAUUUUGGCUUCUGUAGUUUCAUCUACUGUAUCAAAUGCGGUGCUUGGUGAGAAACAGGCGUUCACUAUACCGACGUAUGAUUUGAAAUCUGCUGCUGAACUACCUUUGUACCUAAUAUUGGGGAUGCUAUGUGGAGUUGUGAGUGUGGCUUUUACCCGCCUGGUAGCUUGGUUCACUAAUGCAUUUCAGUUCAUCAAGGAAAAGUUUGGGCUUCCGGAUGUUGUUUGCCCUGCAUUGGGGGGUUUAGGAGCUGGACUAAUAGCUCUUAAGUAUCCUGGAAUCCUAUAUUGGGGUUUCACUAAUGUUGAUGAAAUUUUGCAUACUGGAAAGACUGCAUCAGCACCUGGAAUAUGGCUUCUAGCUCAAUUAUCUGCUGCAAAAGUUGUGGCUACUGCUCUUUGCAAGGGGUCUGGCCUUGUUGGUGGUUUGUAUGCUCCAAGUUUGAUGAUUGGUGCUGCUGUGGGAGCUGUAUUUGGUGGUUGUGCUGGAGAAAUGAUCAAUUCAGCCAUUCCAGGAAAUACUGCUGUUGCCCAGCCACAGGCGUAUGCACUGGUUGGGAUGGCUGCGACAUUGGCUUCCGUUUGUUCAGUACCUUUAACAUCAGUUCUUCUUCUCUUUGAGUUAACUAGAGACUAUAGAAUUUUACUUCCUCUCAUGGGAGCUGUUGGACUAGCAAUAUGGGUGCCCUCCGUGACAACUCGGACCAAGAUCUCUGAGGCCUCAGAUACAGAGGAUUUGCCAAGAGGUUAUUCUGUUCUUUCUCCUGUUGAAGACAAAAAUGAAGUAUGGAGACAAACUGGUGAAGGUAAAGAUGUUGAACUUUCAGUGAUUGGGGAUUCUGGUAACCAUGACCAAAUGGAUGCAGAUACACUGCUGGAAGAUUUAAAGGUUUCGCAGGCUAUGUCAAGCAAUUAUUUGAAGGUCUCUCUGACCCAGACUCUAAAAGAGGCAUUAUUGUCUAUGCGUGAUGGUGAGCAGAAAUGUGUCCUUGUUGUAGAUGCUGACGAUUAUUUGGAAGGAAUUUUAACUCAUGGUGACAUCAGAAGGAGCCUAUAUGAAAAUCCGGGUCAUGCUUCGAAUGGCGAUAUGUCAAAUCCGGAUGUAAAUACGUGUACCAUUUCUUCUGUAUGUACUCGUCGGAUAAGUUAUCGUGGACGAGAACGUGGACUUUUGAUUUGUUAUCCAGAUACUGAUCUGGUAAUGGCAAAGCAACUAAUGGAGGCUAAGGGAAUUAAACAGUUGCCUGUGGUUAAGCGUGGAGAGGGUCUAAGAGAGAGAGAAAGAAGAGUAGUUGCUAUACUUUAUUAUGAUUCAAUCUGGAACUUUCUCAGAGAUGAAUUAAAUCACGAAACAGCAGGCUACCAGCAGAGCAAAGAAGAAAACUGUGAGAAGGCAAUUUUGAAUGGCCAGUAGAGAGAAAUUAUACUGCGAAGCAAAUUGCAUCGAGUUGAGUGCCCAGAUGAAGAUUUUUCAAGUAAAGAUGACAUUUUUGGUCUGGGGUUUGUUAUCAGAAUAUAGUACAUAUAAUCUUUUGAGGGUUGAGUUGAUCAUAUGGCAUUCAAAAUCGUUUACAUGUAAUUUAGCACAAGGUAUCUUGUACAUGAUAUAUACUCACUCUGAGCGUCAAAUGCAUUUUACGAGGAAUUAACAAAUGAUUAAUUCCUUCUGUAAUGCCUCCAUAUUACGUGGUCAAGAAAAGAGUGGAGAAUUGACUUU